GUUCAUUGUGUUCUUGCAGCUCAUGACGCCCAUUUCGAUGGAUCAUAAAUGAGGAAGGUUCGCGAUAAUCAUUUGUAGCCAUGAAACGAAGUCGAAUGUCUGAGCAAGCCAAGUUUGGCGAGAAAAAGUGUAAAUUUGAUCAAAAAGAUGAGUUUAUUACUACGUUCCUCGACGUGUCUGUUCCCCCGGCGGGGACAAGGGUGAAUCCUCGCGACGUUCGUCGAGCUGGGCCGUUUCUACUUGGACCCACUGUUGGCAACAGUCCGGUGACUUCGAUAGUUCAGCGUCUCGCGCGUCGAGCUGGUACAGACGAAUACUUCUGCCUAAAAAUUCUCUCCCUAAAAAAUCCCGGUGAAGAAGAAACGCAGGAUUAUCGUCAAGGGAAGAUGCUUAUGCAUACGGAGUAUUCUUUACUCUCUUUGCUGGAAGGUGAAGAGGGUGUUGUCAAAUGUUACGGACUUUUCAAGUAUGUGACCCCGGAAAUUGACGAAGUUUCCCAAGGUUAUACCGGUCGGCUGCAAAAAAAGCUAAGUUUGGUACUCGAAAGAUGUACAGCUGCGGAUCCUGGUUCCCGCAACCCGGAGCUCGUGAACCUACAGCAAUACGUCAUUAAAGAAAAACGAUUAGGGGAGCAAGAAACUCUUCAGAUUUUUUACGAUGUUGCUCGAACCGUGAGGCGGUUGCAUCAGAAGAAUAUUGUUCAUCGGGACUUGAAGCUGGGUAAUCUCGUCCUCAAUAAGCAUACCUAUCGGGUUACAAUCACAAAUUUCUGUCUCGGGAAGCAUCUUCUUUCGGACCGAGACCUGUUGAGGGAUCAACGUGGUUCUCCUGCCUACAUUUCUCCAGAUGUCCUCUCUGGUAAACCAUAUUGUGGUAAACCUUCGGAUAUGUGGGCACUUGGAGUGGUCUUGUAUACGAUGCUGUAUGGACGCUUUCCAUUUUACGACAGUGAGCCUCUGGAAUUGUUCAGAAAGAUCAAGACGGUCGACUACACUUUACCGAUGGAUGGACGAGUUUCGAGAAACACGCACAGUUUGAUCAGUCGGCUUUUGACUGCGGACCCGAAGAAUCGCUUGACUGCUGAUCAACUGGAGGAUGCUCUGGAGAAUGUGAUAGGCAUGUGGAGGAAUCUGGCAGCACAUGAGCUUUCGUCUCGCUUGGUACCCGAGUGCCCCAGUGCUUUGAUGGACGAGAACAGCAGUGGCAGCUCCGGCAAUGGAGAAGUGCCGGUUUCCGCGUCUCCCAGUGGAGCUGAUGACGAUGAGAAGAAUGGCGAAACUGCUGUUGCUCGUGCAGUUCAGGGCUCGUGGACUAGAGUGGAAACAUUCCAGUCCCCCGCUGACGGUGAUGUCAGGAUUCGAGAGGUCGGUGAUACGAUUCCCUUGUUAGCGGAUACCGGUAGUUCGGUGACGCCAGGAAAUGGAAGCUCCAGCGGAGUGGCUGGGAAUCCUCGUCCCCCUGUGCAGCCACUGCUUGACCGAAUCCAGCAAUCUUGGCCUGUGAGUUUGUCGCGUACGGAGUCCGAGCCACAUGUGCUUUCUACGGAGCAGUUGUCGGCAUAUCGGGAUCUUGUGGCGGCCGUGGCGAGCGACCCGCGAAUGUUGGGUUCCCCUGGACAAAACCUUGUGUCGAAUGGUUCAGCUGCACCACCUGCCUCGAAUCCUGCAGCAUCAGGUGGUAUGAUCAAUGGCGCUAUUUUGUCUGUGAGUUAUCCGCCUGGUGCUCCUCCUACGGCCACUCUGAGAUUUCGUACUAGUCAAGGGAACUUGAUUGACGCGAGGGCAACGACGGAUCGAAACGCGACUGGAACCCCGCAGCCACGACGUGCGUCUCGCCCGGCGCCGCUCAGUCUGGUCCACCCCACGCAGCCGCCGUCAUCUGCGCCGCCGACCCCGACGCCUCCGCUCAGCAGCACUCCUCUCGUGCCGGAUUCGCACGUUUUCUUUCCACCCACGGCAGCGAACGAAUCUGCCAGUGGCGGCGCCGCCACUCAAAGCUCGCCGCGCGUUUCGACUCCCAGCAGGCGUCAGCACGGGAGUCGCCGCGCAAACUCCAGCUCUGGCUCUGUGCGAAGUCCCACAGUGCCGCAGCACAUUCAGCGCCAGCUGAGCCUGCUUGCGUCGCAGAAGAACAUUGUGCCGAAGCAUGGCGCGUGUGGCGGCGGCGGCAGCAGCAGCAGUGGUGGUUCUAGUGGAAGUGCGAGCAGUGGUGGCGGCGGCGGUGGUGGUGGUGCGGGUACGAGUGGUUCCUCCGCGUUGGAAAACUUUCGUUCUGAGAUGAUCGGAAUCCUCAGAGGAAAGAAGAUGUCCCGAUUGAGUGUUUUUGCGAUCAUUGGCGUAUUUCUGACUCUGAACAUCGCGUGUCAGGCUGUGCCGGUCUUCCCUGGGGUCCACAAUCCGUUCGCGGGAUGGUUCGAAGGAGAUACCGAGCAAGAGCAGGCAAGUAGUGUCACCACCACCACCACUACUACUGCCGCAUCUCCUGGAGAACGCCUUCCGAUGCUGUCCGUGUUGCACUCACGGUUCAUGGAAAAGCUUAAUCAAGUAGAACGCAAGAACAGUGUUCCAUUCCAACCCGAGGAAAUUGAACCUGUUCCUGAGUUCACGGAUGAUGGCGAACGGUCUCGGAUUGAUCUCAAUGAAGAGGAGAACCAAGCGAAACGGAAGCAGAUCGUCUUUCCCAAUCACAAUAUAACUUUGCCCCGACUGUACCAACUUUACUGGAGUCUUCGUCAAGAAGGCAAAACUUUGAAGGAACAUUUCGAGGGAGCCCCUAAUGUACCCGAAGUGUACGGUACAAUCGGCAGGGAUGGGAAACGGAAAUAUUCUGCGGAAGACAUUGCCUCCGUUGUGAAAGCCGCACAGGACAUGUUUCCCGCCCAGAAGGACACAACUGAUUCGGCCUCCUUCGGUAAAGACGUUGGUAAUUCCAAGGGACGAGUGAUGGAGACAAAAGAGCAGAAGCACGUGUUUCCUUCCGAAUCGGUGGAUGAAUCUCGGAGAAAUGAUGUUCCGAACGAAGGCUUCUUCAUCAGAGGAUUACCUCCAACCGUCGUUUCAAAGAACCCGACUGCUGCCAAACCCGUGAAAUCAGCAGUUCCUGAUCAGAUGAGCCCAGGAAACAUCGCCGAUUUUAAUCCCCGAAAUCCUUCUACAUUAUUGGAACGUGACAGAGCACAGCCGCAGUUGAAUGCAUCGCCUGAACCUGAAAUGAAGUUACCUGAAUCAGUUUAUCGCCAGUUGGCAGAUGCUGACAGAGAAGAAGCUGGUCAUGCCUCUUAUGCAGAGGUUCACCUCUCUGGAAGGUUGAACCCGGGCAAUAAAAAUGCAGUCCUUGACGAGACCUUUACGGCUAAUAUUCAACCCGAUUUCAAAACUGCCGCAAAUGAUCUUGGGUCAGCCGUGAAGCAAGAAAUCACGAGAAUUUACGAAGAAACCUUGACCAAGGGUGACAGAGACGGGCUGGAAAACGCGUGGAAACGAGCCCAGGGGUUUGCAGAUGAUUUGGGUUCCCUCAUCCAGGAGCAAAGUCGAGCUUUGUACACAAAAACUGCGUCAACAUUGGAGAAUACGGGCUUUGUGGACAGAUUCAGCAAAAUCUACGACGUUGCCAAGGAAAACGUGGCGGAUUAUUUAGACAAUUUAGAGCAAACUAUAAGAAAUCUACCUCAGUAAAGGUUUGCUAACUUGUUUUGUGUGUUACGCUUCAUCUGUUUUGUUUUCCAAUUGUUUCUGUGUGGCCGUUUUAAAUAAAAAUUAUUUUUUAAAAGCAA